AUGAGAGAUGAAUCAGUUAUACCAGCUGCCGUUUUUGGGUGUGGAAUCGCCUUCCUUGCUAUAUGUUCUAUUCUCGUACCCCUUCGACUAUACAUACGCUGUUCGAGAAACGGCGGAAGCUUCGACGUAGGAGACGGGUUUUUAGUUCUGGGCUGGCUCUCAGCAACUACGCACACUGCACUCGCGGUACAUGUUUCAUUAUAUCAUGUCGACGUAGAGCGCAUCGGUCAAGGUUCAAGCAUAAAGGAACAAGUUAAUGCUUCUUUUUAUAGCUUCAUCAUGGAGAUAUUUUUUCUGUUUGGACUGUCGAGUGUAAAAAUCUCGAUUCUUGCAUUCUAUCAUAGCCUCGCCUCCCAAGUAGGAAACAAAAACUUCACCAGGCUGCUCCGUGCGAUCCUCGCUGCGCUCGGGGCAUUUCUGGUGGUUUACAUCCUCCUUCCUUUGAGCUCUUGCAUUCCUCUCGAUGCAAGCUGGAAGAGAAUAGAUCCGAACUUCAAAACCCCAUACGCAUGCAUGGAUCGAGGUGUCCUGUCGCUUGUCGCCAGUGUGAUCAACAGCGUUACCGAUCUAACGGCGGGAAUAAUACCACUUGUUCUUACCUUCAUAUUUAAUAGACCGCUUCGUGCUAGAGCCAGGCUCUUCUUUCUUCUCGGCCUGGGUUUAAUCGUCCUAGCUGCUGGAAUCAUUCGAACGAUACUCUUGCAGGAGCUUUAUGACGGCGAUAGCAAGAAUGAUUGGACUUGGACCACGUCCGGAGCCACUCUAGCGGCGAUGUGGGAGUUGCAUACAGUCAUUAUAUGCGCCUGUAUACCUUUCAUCUACCGCGCGUAUCAGCUGUUCUGUCCCAUCAUUAAGAACCUAUUCAAUUGCAUGUGCUUGAGGGCAUCAGUUGACCCCUUCGAACGCUGGCAAUCUUGUUUCGACGGUCAUAAUCUUGCAGAAGGAAAGAAACUACAGAAGAUGGGAGCAGAAGGAUAUACUCGACAGGCCAGAAAUGCAAAGGCCACAUCCAAUUUGCAGCUGGACAAGCCGUUGCCAGCUUUGAUGAGAUCGUUGGAAACCGACUGCGAGAUUGCCGUCGCCUAUUCGCCACCACCACUACGCCGAGUGCGAGGCUUCGACGAAAAAUGCUUAGGACAAGAAGUCCACCCGCACAGAACAGUCUGUUUAUCGGACCUCUCUUGGCUUAGUGUUGGCAGUAAAAACCCAACGGAUUCUGGAUCUAGAACAACGGAAACUGAUGAAGUACCUCACGAUGGACGUGAUAGUACGAUGCUUGAAGUACCUUUAUUUCAUUCGAAUGCUUCUAGCUCCUUCUACACGUUUGACGAUUGGACAUUGGACGCCCCUCGACCGCUGGAUGUACCGAAAAGGGCCUAA